GUUCACGUUAAUGCCAGUAUGGAGCUUGAACACAUGUUUACACUCCAGAGUUACCAGGAUAUCUGGGGGUCUUACGGAUAUGACAUUGAUUUGCCAGAGAUGAUUGAAAAGGAAUUCAGCCGAAUGAAAGGUAUCACUUACCUUGAUCAUGCUGGAACAACGCUCUUUUCUGAAUCACAGAUAAAAGCCUUCUACCAAGAUCUCACGGGAAAUGUCUAUGGCAAUCCCCAUAGCCACAAUCUGAGCAGUCGACUGACACAUGAUACCGUGGAACAUGUCAGAUACAGGAUACUGGAGCACUUUAACGCUAGUCCAGAGGAGUACACAGUCAUCUUCACCUCAGGCAGCACUGCAGCACUCAAGCUUGUGGCUGACUGCUUUCCCUGGAGGUCUGCCUGUGGCGGAGAGCCAGCGAGCCACUUCUGCUACUUGACCGACAACCACACUUCAGUGGUGGGCAUCCGAGGGGUGAGCAGCCAGCUCGGCGUGACCUCCCUCCCCGUCUCGCCACACGAGGUGGAGGGCCGAGCCAGACAGCCGCCGCAGGCGACGAACGUAAACGAGUCCCUGACCCCUCACCUCUUCUGUUACCCAGCUCAGAGCAACUUCUCAGGCAGGAAGUACCCUCUGAGCUAUGCAAGGGGCAUGCAGACGGGGCGCCUGUAUCCGGCGUGUGAGCGGCCAGGUCGAUGGCUCGUCCUCCUGGAUGCCGCCGGCCUGGUGGGCUGCUCAGGCCUGGAUCUGCGGGAAUGCCCCGCCGAUUUUAUCCCCAUCUCUUUCUACAAGAUGUUCGGCUUUCCAACAGGAUUAGGCGCGCUACUAGUGCGGAACGAGGCAGCGCCGCUCUUGCGGAAGGGCUACUUCGGCGGGGGCACGGCAGCAGCUUACCUCGCAGGAGAGGAUUAUUUUGUGCCCAAGUCAAGUGUGUCCAGCAGGUUUGAGGAUGGCACCAUCUCUUUUCUGGACAUCAUUUCUGUCCAUCAUGGCUUUGAGGCUCUUCAGAGGUUAACAGGAGGCAUGGUCGAGAUCCAGCAGCAUACAUUCGGUCUGGCGCGCUACACCUACGUAAUGCUCUCCAGCCUGCUGCAUAGCAACGGCAGGCCGGUGGCCCACAUCUACUGUGCUAAUGAGUUCCAGGACCCGGCCUCCCAGGGAGCCAUUCUCAACUUCAACGUGCUGGACUGCCACGGCAGAGUGGUCGGCUACUCUCAGGUGGACAAACUUGCCAGUCUCUUUAAUAUCCAUGUACGCACAGGCUGUUUCUGUAACACAGGGGCCUGCCAGUCGUUUCUGGGCAUCAGUGAUCAGGAGGUGAAAGAGAACUUGGAGGCUGGCCACAUAUGUGGAGACAAUAUUGACCUUGUGGACGGCCGACCGACUGGAUCAGUGCGCAUCUCUUUUGGAUACAUGUCCACGUUUGAAGACUGCCAGAAAUUCCUGAGUUUCAUUGUGAACUGCUUCACAGAUAAGCCGUUAAGAGUGGACAAGGAAAGGCUGGCUAGGCUAAAAUUAGCUGUCCCUGUUGAGAACACUGUGGGCCACUUCAAUUCCUCACCAUCUAAUGGACAGCUUGGUCACAAGGCAGACCAGGGGGAGACAGCUCCCUCUUUAAUCUCAAGCACAAAUGGAGGAGAGAUUAUGAUCCCAACGCCCAAGAGACGUGAAGAGAAAAAUAGCUUCCAGACAUUGACCAACAUAUUUAUUUACCCCAUCAAGUCCUGUGCAGCAUUUGAGGUGAAGGAGUGGGGUGUGGGGCCUGUGGGCCUGCUGUAUGACCGCACGUGGAUGGUGGUGAACGAGCACGGCGUGUGCCUAAGCCAGAAGAGGGAGCCCACGCUGUGUCAGGUCCAGCCCCAAGUCUCCCUGGCCUCCAAUGCACUCCACAUCAAGGCCCCAGGGAUGAGCAGCAUCACUGUGCCACUUGGGGACUUGAAGGAGCGGAAGCACAGUCAGAAGGCUUGUCAAAGUAAAGUGUGUGGUGACCGGGUGCAGACAGUAGAUUGUGGAGAUGAAGCUGCAUCCUGGUUCUCUGAGUUCCUUGGAAAGCCUUGUCGCCUGAUCAAACAAAACUCUGAGUUUAUUCGCAAGAUGAAAGCUUCCUCAGAAAAUGUGGGGGAUGGUCCUGCUGCCCUAUCCUUAGUGAAUGAGGCCCAGUACCUACUCAUCAACAGAGACAGCGUGGCCAUGCUGCAGGAGCAAAUCAGUGGCAGACUGGACCAUCCCAGCACCCCCCAGGCAAUCAGCAUGCAGCAACUCAUCGCUCGCUUCCGUGCCAAUUUGGUUGUGUCGGCAACCAAUCCGUUCGAGGAAGAUAACUGGUCCAGUUUAAUGAUUGGAAACACCACAUUUCAGGUGGCAGGCAGAUGUGGUCGGUGCCAGAUGAUCGGCAUUGAUCAGGAAACCAGCGCCAGAAGCCAGGAACCUCUGAAGUCCCUCUCUGACUUUCGCCAGGGGAAGGUCACCUUUGGUAUUUAUUUACUCCAUCAGUCAAGGGCAAGCGCCAAUGCAAUCACCACACUCUCCGUUGGGUCACCCAUCACAUCUACAAAUGAGACAAUCAUGGAACUUCUUAAAUCUUAAUAGGAUCUAAUUUGGGCAUGGUAUGCGCUUGGUAGGUGUAGAGUUUAGCUGAACAAACUCUGUAGAGAUGAUGCUCAUGCAUUAUGGUUACUUUUGAAGACUAUGGAGCAGAUGUACGAAGCCAGCGCCUCCUGUGUCAGUCCUCAGAAACUGCACGCUGUGCCUUGCUAUAUAUGUGGAAUUUACUAAGCUUUCACUGCAUCCGGUAAACAACACUCAGUACUGCACGUCACCACCCUCUAAUGUAAUUUGUGCUGCCCUCAACUGAACGUUAAUCAAUCACAAAUACAGUUGAAUUGAGUCAACCAAUGACUCAAAAGUGAAGUGAGGUCUGUUUGUAUAUAUGAUGUCAUGUUUUAAGGUGCACAUGGCGAAGAAAUAACAUCUGAAACAGAUGUUAUAAUGUUGGUAUGUUCGGCCCCACCUUUUCUAUUUCUGGCCUAUCUUGCCAAUCUUAAAUGUGUGUCUGAAUGUAUUAUGUUGUUUGAACUUGCCUUUUCAAUUGUGAUUGAAAUGUUCAGCUGUGAGUGUAUACGUCCACUGGUUUUAAAAUGAGUCAUUGACUGCUUAAGGGAGUACUGGAGUCCAUGGGUAAAAUUAGCAGUGUUAAACCAAAGAUGCCACGAAAAGAGACAUCCUAUAGUCCCUUGUUAUAUAGACAUCACUGAGUCAGUGGUUCUUAAACCGGUCUGGCUUUAGGACCCACAAUUUCCCAUGUUCAUCAAGUCGCGACCCAUAUAUUAUUUUUUUUGCGUUCAACACAACAGAUAUGGUGAGCUACAUGCUAAGACACGCAAAGUGCCUGUAGGCCUAUUUGUUUGGAACAUGCUGAUGUUUGCGAUUACAUUU